UGGGGGCUGCCUCCGGUAGGGGGUCUCCGGAGAGACCCCGGGGUAAGGUCGCCGCGAGGGGCUGAGCCAGGACUCCGCCCACAGGCUGGUGGCGUUCCCGCCUGUCGGUGCCACCAUUCGAGCUCGGGCGGAGCGACGGGGUGAAGGGGUGGCCUGCCCUUCCACACCUGUGGGAUAUCUCAUCAGGUGGGACGAGAGACUGAGAAAAGAAAUAAGACACAAAGUAUAGAGAAACAACAGUGGGCCCAGGAGAGCGGCACUCGGCACACUAAGGACCUGCACCAGCACCGGUCUCUGAGGGCUCUUAGUUUUUAUUGAUGAUUAUUUUCAUUAUCUCAGCAAGAGGAAUGCAGUAGGAGAGCAGGGUGAUAAUAGGGAGAAGGUCAGCAAAAAAAGCAUGUGAGCAAAAGAAUCUGUGUCAUAAUUAAGUUUAAGGGGAGGUACUAUGCCUGGACGUGCACGUAAGCCAGAUUUGUUUCUCUCCACCCAAACAUCUCAGUGGAGUAAAGAAGAACAAGGCAGCAUUACUGCCAACAUGUCUCGCCUCCCGCCACAGGGCAGCUUUUCUCCUAUCUCAGAGUUGAACGAAUGUACAAUCGGGUUUUACACCGAGACAUUCAGUUCCCAGGGGCAAGCAGGAGAUAGUGGCCUUCCUCCAUCUCAGCUGCAAGAGGCUUUUCUCUUUUACUAAUCCACCUCAACACAGACCCUUUACGGGUGUUGGGCUGGGGGACAGUCAGGUCUUUCUCAUCCCAUGAGGCUAUAUUUCAGACUAUCACAUGGGGAGAAAGCUUGGACAAUACCCGGCUUUCCAAGGCAGAGGUCCCUGCGGCUUAUCGCAGAGCAUUGUGCCCCUGGUUUAUUGAGACUGGAGAAUGGCGAUGACUUUUACCAAGCAUCUGCUUGUAAACAUUUUGUUAACAAGGCAUAUCUUGCACAGCCCUAGAUCCCUUAAACCUUGAUUCCUACAACACAUGUUUUUGUGAGCUCAAAGUUGGGGCAAAGUGGCUGGGGCAAAGUUACAAAUUAACAGCAUCUCAGCAAAGCAUUUGUUCAAGGUACAGGUCAAAAUGGAAUUUCUUAUGUCUUCCCUUUCUACACAGACACAGUAACAGUCUGAUCUUUCUUUUCCCUACAUGGGGCAGCAGUGCGAUGGGGUGGUUCCCAGCGCAUGGGAGACAGGGUGGGUUCGCGGUUCCUGGUGUUCCAUGAGAAGUCAGAGAUGCACUGAGCAGAGCUGGGGGAGAAAGGGGGUUUCGCUCAGCCUCAGAUGUCCUGCCUGGGAGGCCCAGUCAGUAGUGGGGUCGCUCUGCGUGUGGAGGAGGAACUCUGGGAGGGGAGGAGAGUUUGGGCCGGUUCUUCCCCACGGGGGAGGGUGCUGAGGGAUCGGCCAGGGCCCAUCCUGUGGCUGCUUGCUCUGGGAGGGUGGUGGCUGGCUCUUCCAGUUGUGUGACUCCUAAAGAGCGGGCUUAGCCUUUAGCCAGGAGACUCCACUUCCAAGCUUGUUCAGGCUGUUGGCCGAAUCUGUUUUUCUUGAGGUUGGUCCUCAGAAGUGCUGGCUGCCAGCCUGAGUGGUCCUUAGCUCUCCGAGGUCCUUCCAUGUGGCCCUCAGAUCUUUCUCAGGCUUUUAAGGGCUCAUUUGAUUAGAUUGAGUCCACCAGGGUAAUUCAUGUCCAUAACCUUAAUUCCCUCUGCAAAGUCCCUUUUGGUAUGUAGUGUAACAUAAGCACAAGUUCCAGGGAUUAGGAUAUGGACCUGGGGGAGAGGGGGCAUUUAUUUUGUGUCCUGGUAAGCAAGAUCCCACACAUAAUGAAGUGAGAAAAAUAAGGUGUGAAGCCAUAGCAUAGUUGGGUGUAAUUUAUCAUUAAAAGGCAAACAUAUGUUUAUAUAUUUGCUGUGUAAACCUAGAUUAAUCUGGAACAGUACACUAGAAACAAGGGAAACUGUGUGGCUGUUUGGGGAAUUUUUCACCAUAAAUCCUUUUUACCUUUUAAAUUUUGAGGUGACUAUGCCCCUAUUCAGAAACAAUGAGAAUUUAAAGUAUUUUUAAAUAAAAUGAACUAAAUAAAUAUUGCAGAUUAGUACGUCACCACUUGGAUGGGGAGAGGUUUCCCUCGAGGAAACUGGGCAUCUUCACUGUAAGGGCAGGCAGAUGCAGUCACAGAGGGCCUUGUCACCCCCAUCGCCCAUGUCUCCUCCAUUUCUGCUGCCACGUGGUAGGCACCUUAGUGCUGUACCUGCUUUGAGUCUCAUCUCCCACCAUUCCUCUGAGCACCCUGCCAAGUUAAUCUUGAGAUAUUAGUUUUGUCUCUCCUGACACAGAAAUGUGGCCAGUGUUUCAUCUUCAUCUGGCAGCCAAGGCCCCUUAUCAUUGGUCCAUAGUAACCAUCCCUGUGAGCUCUGUUCAUAUCUCCUUGCCUUCUCUCUCUAGCUUUUCCCUACACUUGUCCUCUGACCUUUUCACCCAGACCGCUAGUUGUGCAUAUUCCUCCUUGAUGGUGAUAAAAGUCCAGGAGCACCACCCCGCCCUUCUUUCCUCCCCACAUGGCCUGCGGGUGACACCCGCCAUCACGCUGACUCCCCGCACCACAUGGCCUGCGGGUGACACCCGCCAUCACGCUGACUCCCCGCACCACCUGGCCUGCGGGUGACACCCGCCAUCACGCUGACUCCCCGCACCACAUGGCCUGCGGGUGACACCCGCCAUCACGCUGACUCCCCGCACCACAUGGCCUGCGGGUGACACCCGCCAUCACGCUGACUCCCCGCACCACAUGGCCUGCGGGUGACACCCGCCAUCACGCUGACUCCCCGCACCACAUGGCCUGCGGGUGACACCCGCCAUCACGCUGACUCCCCGCACCACCUGGCCUGCGGGUGACACCCGCCAUCACGCUGACUCCCCGCACCACCUGGCCUGCGGGUGACACCCGCCAUCACGCUGACUCCCCGCACCACCUGGCCUGCGGGUGACACCCGCCAUCACGCUGACUCCCCGCACCACCUGGCCUGCGGGUGACACCCGCCAUCACGCUGACUCCCCGCACCACCUGGCCUGCGGGUGACACCCGCCAUCACGCUGACUCCCCGCACCACCUGGCCUGCGGGUGACACCCGCCAUCACGCUGACUCCCCGCACCACCUGGCCUGCGGGUGACACCCGCCAUGACGCUGACUCCCCGCACCACCUGGCCUGCGGGUGACACCCGCCAUCACGCUGACUCCCCGCACCACCUGGCCUGCGGGUGACACCCGCCAUGACGCUGACUCCCCGCACCACCUGGCCUGCGGGUGACACCCGCCAUCACGCUGACUCCCCGCACCACCUGGCCUGCGGGUGACACCCGCCAUCACGCUGACUCCCCGCACCACAUGGCCUGCGGGUGACACCCGCCAUCACGCUGACUCCCCGCACCACAUGGCCUGCGGGUGACACCCGCCAUGACGCUGACUCCCCGCACCACAUGGCCUGCGGGUGACACCCGCCAUGACGCUGACUCCCCGCACCACCUGGCCUGCGGGUGACACCCGCCAUCACGCUGACUCCCCGCACCACCUGGCCUGCGGGUGACACCCGCCAUCACGCUGACUCCCCGCACCACCUGGCCUGCGGGUGACACCCGCCAUGACGCUGACUCCCCGCACCACCUGGCCUGCGGGUGACACCCGCCAUGACGCUGACUCCCCGCACCACCUGGCCUGCGGGUGACACCCGCCAUGACGCUGACUCCCCGCACCACAUGGCCUGCGGGUGACACCCGCCAUGACGCUGACUCCCCGCACCACAUGGCCUGCGGGUGACACCCGCCAUGACGCUGACUCCCCGCACCACAUGGCCUGCGGGUGACACCCGCCAUGACGCUGACUCCCCGCACCACAUGGCCUGCGGGUGACACCCGCCAUGACGCUGACUCCCCGCACCACAUGGCCUGCGGGUGACACCCGCCAUGACGCUGACUCCCCGCACCACAUGGCCUGCGGGUGACACCCGCCAUGACGCUGACUCCCCGCACCACAUGGCCUGCGGGUGACACCCGCCAUCACGCUGACUCCCCGCACCACAUGGCCUGCGGGUGACACCCGCCAUCACGCUGACUCCCCGCACCACAUGGCCUGCGGGUGACACCCGCCAUCACGCUGACUCCCCGCACCACAUGGCCUGCGGGUGACACCCGCCAUCACGCUGACUCCCCGCACCACAUGGCCUGCGGGUGACACCCGCCAUCACGCUGACUCCCCGCACCAUCCUUCUGCCACCUUUCUUCACAUCCCCUUUGCAGAUCUCCUUGACCACACCCUCAUUCUCAGCUGGUGCUCAUGAAGGACAGAAGAGUCAAUGUCAGUACAAUGUCCUUGUCAUGCCCAGCCUCAGAACUCGCCGUGAGGAGGCAGAGAUGGAGCUCUCAGCUCCAGGACCAUCCCCUUGGACCCCUGCAGCCCAGGCCCGUGUGAGUGAUGCUCCUGCUGUGACCCACCCUGGAUCUGCAGCCUGUGGUACCCCCUGCUGUAGUGAUACUGAGCUGGAAGCCAUCUGCCCUCACUAUCAGCAGCCAGAUUGUGACACCAGGACUGAAGACAAGGAGUUUCUUCACAAGGAAGACAUUCAUGAAGAUUUGGAAUCACAGGCAGAAAUAUCAGAAAACUAUGCUGGUGAUGUUUUCCAGGUACCCAAGCUUGGAGAUCUGUGUGAUGAUGUAUCAGAAAGAGACUGGGGAGUCCCCGAAGGCAGGAGGCUGCCACAGUCCCUCUCCCAGGAGGGGGACUUCACACCAGCUGCCAUGGGGCUCCUUAGGGGCCCCUUAGGGGAGAAAGAUCUGGACUGUAACGGUUUUGACAGUCGCUUCAGUCUGAGCCCAAACCUGAUGGCAUGUCAGGAAAUCCCUACAGAAGAGAGGCCACAUCCAUAUGACAUGGGUGGCCAGAGUUUCCAGCACAGUGUGGACCUAACUGGUCAUGAGGGGGUUCCCACAGCUGAAAGUCCACUCAUAUGUAAUGAGUGUGGGAAAACCUUCCGAGGAAAUCCUGACCUUAUUCAGCGUCAAAUAGUCCACACUGGGGAGGCUUCCUUUAUGUGUGAUGAUUGUGGGAAAACCUUCAGCCAGAACUCAGUUCUUAAAAACCGUCAUCGAUCUCAUAUGAGUGAGAAAGCCUACCAGUGCAGCGAAUGUGGGAAAGCCUUCCGAGGGCACUCAGACUUUUCUAGGCAUCAGAGUCACCACAGCAGUGAGAGGCCUUAUACGUGUACUGAAUGUGGAAAAGCCUUCAGCCAGAACUCGAGCCUUAAAAAGCACCAAAAGUCUCACAUGAGUGAGAAGCCCUAUGAAUGCAAUGAAUGUGGGAAGGCUUUUAGGCGGAGCUCAAACCUCAUCCAACAUCAAAGGAUCCAUUCUGGGGAGAAACCGUAUGUGUGCAGUGAGUGUGGGAAGGCCUUCAGGCGAAGCUCAAACCUCAUCAAACACCACAGGACUCACACAGGAGAGAAGCCUUUUGAGUGUGGCGAGUGUGGGAAAGCCUUCAGCCAGAGUGCACACCUGAGGAAGCACCAGAGGGUCCACACUGGAGAGAAGCCUUAUGAGUGUAAUGAUUGUGGCAAGCCCUUCAGUCGGGUCUCCAACCUCAUUAAGCACCACAGGGUUCACACUGGAGAGAAGCCCUAUAAGUGCAGUGACUGUGGGAAGGCGUUUAGUCAGAGCUCCAGCCUUAUUCAGCAUCGGCGAAUUCACACUGGAGAAAAGCCUCACGUGUGUAAUGUAUGUGGAAAAGCCUUUAGUUAUAGCUCAGUGCUCCGAAAGCACCAGAUCAUCCACACGGGAGAGAAGCCGUACAGAUGCAGUGUCUGUGGGAAGGCCUUCAGCCACAGCUCAGCCCUCAUUCAGCACCAGGGCGUGCACACAGGCGACAAGCCCUACGCCUGCCACGAGUGUGGGAAGACCUUUGGUCGCAGCUCCAACCUCAUCCUUCACCAGCGAGUCCACACUGGAGAGAAGCCCUAUGAAUGUACUGAAUGUGGAAAAACCUUCAGCCAGAGCUCAACCCUCAUUCAGCAUCAGAGGAUUCAUAAUGGGCUGAAGCCCCACGAAUGUAACCAGUGCGGUAAAGCCUUCAACCGAAGCUCAAAUCUCAUUCACCACCAGAAAGUUCAUACUGGGGAAAAACCCUACACCUGUGUUGAAUGUGGUAAGGGCUUCAGCCAGAGCUCACACCUCAUUCAGCAUCAGAUAAUCCACACUGGCGAGCGCCCCUACAAAUGCAGUGAGUGUGGGAAAGCCUUCAGUCAGCGUUCUGUCCUCAUCCAGCACCAGAGGAUUCACACUGGGGUGAAGCCCUACGACUGUGCUGCUUGUGGGAAAGCCUUCAGCCAGCGAUCAAAGUUGAUCAAACACCAGUUGAUUCACACCAGGGAAUAGGCUGUUGGGCUGGCAGGAGUGAAACUGAGCAUAGUUUCCUCUCCAGCUCCUCUGUGGCCAUUGUCUCAGCCUCUGCCACUUCCCAGACCGAAAGCCUGGACUCAGCUCACUGCCUACAUCCAGUGGCCACAUAGCCUGGGACCCUCCUUUGAAACAUCCUUUACAGGCUCCCUUCUCACUGCCACUGCUCUUGCCUCUUGUGAUGUCUUGGGUUUGGGCUUGUUUUUACAGCUUGUGAACGGACUGCACGUUUGUUACAAGGGAGAAGAUUAUGGAGGCUGCAUAUUCAUGAAUAGAGUUUAUUAUUAUAACCAAAAGUUACCAAAAAAGUAAAGUGACAUUUGGUUUGAGAUAA